UUGUGAGUUCCACGUUGGCCCCGGACGUGGCAUCAGGAAAGGACACGAACGGUGCUCGCCUUUUCCUCACUUCGAAAUCAUAAACUGAGCUAACCACACGUUUUGUAUUAUAUCAACAACAUAUAAGAAAGGUGCUCAAAUUUAUAUUGAAAAAAUGGGGCUUACCAUUUCGUCAAUCUUUUCUCGACUGUUCGGCAAGAAACAAAUGAGAAUUCUGAUGGUUGGAUUGGAUGCAGCAGGGAAAACGACGAUCUUGUACAAAUUAAAAUUGGGAGAAAUAGUGACCACUAUUCCAACUAUUGGUUUCAAUGUGGAGACAGUGGAGUACAAGAACAUCUGCUUCACUGUUUGGGAUGUGGGUGGCCAGGACAAAAUCAGACCCCUCUGGAGACACUAUUUUCAGAACACUCAGGGCCUUAUCUUUGUAGUGGAUAGUAAUGACCGAGAAAGAGUUGCAGAGUCUGCAGAGGAACUUUCUAAGAUGCUGCAAGAGGAUGAGCUGAGAGAGGCAGUGCUGCUGGUGUUUGCUAACAAGCAGGACCUUCCAAAUGCCAUGGCCGUCAGUGACCUCACAGACAAACUGGGCCUACAGAGCCUCCGCAGCAGAACUUGGCACGUGCAGGCAACCUGUGCCACCCAGGGAACAGGACUCUACGAAGGACUAGACUGGCUGUCCAACGAACUGUCCAAGCACUAAAGUGAAACGACAGGCCGACUGGAUAGAGGGAGAGAGAGAGAGAGAGAGGGAGAGAAAAGAACAGCAAAUGAAGGGGAAGGAAGAUCAAGACAUCCAAUCAAGAGAUAUUUGAUCUCCAAUUACCUGUUUGCACAGGAAGGACAUAACUGUCGGACAAUGCAAUCAAUACUUAUUGGAACAUCUUUUUUCCCCCUUUUACUUUAUAGUUAUCCCUACACAUCCCUUUAAUUUACUUCCUUAUCCCCAUUUCAUAUAGCAGCAGAUAAGUUAAGCUUUCAGUUGCAUGUUCUGCAAAUGGCAGCAGGAGACAUCACGUAAACAGCGGGGAGAAUCUUUGGGAGUUUUCUUUUCUUCUCACCCCUAUGCAGUGCACAGGUAGAGUAGGGAGAUGUUGUUCACGACAACAAAUGCAGGAGAGGAGUUACAAAGUUUGGUCCAUUUUUAUUUGUUUUCUCUCUUUUUGUUUUUGUGUAAAUAUAUAUUUUUAUGGGCAACUUGUACCCGUCUUCGUAGCUUCACUUGGCCUAAUGGACAUUGAGCCUACAAGCCCGGCUGGCCUUUCCCUCCUCACCUCUGUGUCUUCAGUCCCAUGCCAUCGCAUCUCACGAUAGGUCCGGAGCAACUAGAACAAGAUUAGAAUGGAUUUGGAAGUGAUAUAAACCUAAGGCUCUUGUAUGUUACUUCUUGGCCUUGAUCUAAUCCUUUCUUAUCUGGUUGUGUAGUUGCACUCUCCUCCCCAGAGACAGAUACUUUACCAGUGAUGUUUUUCUGUCCUGUUUCAACAGGACAACGUUAUGCAAUAAGUAAUUUCCUCAUGUGCUCUGACGAAAGUUAUGGGAAGUGGAAACCACAGGGUUUUGUGAGCACAGAUUGCUCGAAUGUGUGUGGGCACUCCCUCAACCAGGAUGUUUCUGUGUUUAGUUUUAAUACUGGAGACCCCCCCCCCCAUGCUGAGACAUUGUGCCUCAGGCAAGUGUUCAACAGAAGUGGAAACCCUGACCCUACCUGUCCAGCAUCCAGUCAAUAGGCCUCUAAAAGGGGUGAGGAAAGGUAGGCUGGAGUUCCUCAGUAUUGGUCCAUGGCCAAUGUACUUGUGGUACAAUUGAGUGGCAUUCUUUGACCCAGCAGUGUUUGCUAGUGGCUUCUGUUGGUAUUUUGACGGCUGAUAUGUGCUUAAUCUGACUCUGCUUUCCAACUCUCUCUAAUACACACACACACCUGCCCCGUAACUGCACUGGGCAAACAUUCCAACCAAUGCUUUGAUAAUUUGCAUGGAGCUGCCACUGUUAAAUUGUGCUAAUUGUUUUACAAAAAAUCUAAAUAAAGAAAAUGACUAUAUUAAAAAACAA